GAAUGAAACAGAGCGGAGGAGACGCGCAUUUUCCGCAGCGCUGCUGCUGACUCCGCACGCGUCCAGCGCGCAAACUUUCACACAGCGGUUUCCCCCGUGACUUGGCUGUUUUUUUGUUGUUGUAGUUUUUUUUACCAGGCAUCCGACAGCCUUGUGUAGUGUUGUUUUUUUUCGACGCUACUUUGGAGCAGAGACUGAGUGGAAGUGGUCUGCCGAGGAGUCGCGGAGCAGCGGAUCCUGCUGCGGAAUCCUCGCAGUUUCUCCGUGUUUUCUGCCCAAACUUCCCCCGGAGAGGGCCCGCUGGGCUGUGGAGUGAACUAGCCGCUGGGGUUUGGGCUGCCCUGCGUCACUGCAGCCUUCAAUAAUGUUGGGGCUAACGUCCCGGCCCCUUCACUUCUGACCCAACAUGGAGCUGAAAGUGUGGGUGGAUGGAGUCCAGAGAGUGGUGUGUGGAGUCACCGAGGCAACCACCUGCCAGGAAGUAGUCAUCGCUUUGGCCCAGGCAAUAGGUCGUACAGGGAGAUACACUCUGGUAGAAAAAUGGCGGGACACGGAGCGUCACCUAGCGCCUCACGAGAGCCCCGUGGCGUCCCUGAACACCUGGGGCCAGUACGCGGGUGACGUCCAGCUGAUUCUGCACCGCACGGGCCCGUCUCUGACGGAACGGCCGCCCUCAGAGGGCCCCCCCCUCAGAGUGCCUGAGCGGGGGCUGCAUCGACAGAGUCUCCCUCCUCUCGCCAAGCUUCGUCAUCCUCACGAUCACUCCCUUCACCGCCGCGAACCCCGACGCAAGUCUCUCACGUUCACAGGCGCCCCCCGAGGCCUGAGGGAGAUACUGAGCGGAGGCCGACUCGGCGACACCGAGGGCAAGCGGAGACUCCUCCUUGGAAAUGGUGGGAAUCACCUUCGCGGGGGUCCGGUCAUCGGGGCCUCUUCCCCCGGCCUGUGGGCCUAUCGGAUGGAAGAUCUAGUCAGACUGGUCGGCCUACAAAGAGAGACUCUGAAUGUGCUGGAGAAGAAGCUGGACGCCUACGAGGCCGAGCUGCGCGUCUGGGUGAAAGCUCAAGGGAGCCGAGGUGGAGGGUGCAACGUAGAGCUGCUGGGGGGAGGCGGGGGCUUGAUGGAGGAGAUCCUGAGGCUGGAGAAGCACCUGAGGAAGAAUGAGGUGGAAAUGGAGGAGGAAGAGUUUUGGGCCACUGAGAUGCAGAUUGAGCUAGAAAGUGAAAGACAGCUGGAGGAGAGGCUGCAGGAACUACGAGGACGCCUUAAGGGCUGUGAGAUGGACAUUGAAGAUAAGCUGGCUAUGGUACAGGGCGUGGAAGCAGGCUUAGAGGAGGAGAAGCUGCAGAGAGAGCGGCAGGAGAACCAGUGGAUCAGUGAGGCAGAGGCCCGUGCUCAGGUCCUCAGGGUCAAGUCAGAGUUGAAGACUCAAGAGAGACAAGCGGUCCAGCUGGAGAGCAGCUGCAGGGCUGUGGACAGAUCACUCGGACAGAGCAGCAAGAAACUUGAGGACAUGCAACACGACCUGGAGCAGCUGACCAAGGAGCUGAGGCAAGUGAACCUCCAGCAGUUCAUCAAGCAGACUGGAACCAAGGUCACGGUGCUGCCCGCUGAACCCAGCGAGGACGACGGCACCAGCAACAGCCAUGCUGCAGACUUGGUUCCGAUGACCGGCUCAUUGAAGCGGCCUGUGUCGUCCCACCUCAUGUCCAGUCACCUUCGUGUCCUCCACAGCUCUCUCAGCUCUGGUCUGAACCCAGAGGGGAUCUAUGUGUGAUCCCAGAACUGAUUUCUAAGUAAGUUGUCUAAGGAUGCCUCUGUAGCACACAACUAUGCAUUUUUUUUUUUUUUUUUUUUGAAGGAACUCUUUAGUUUGAAGAUAUAGUGAAAAAACAAUCGCUGAAUGGAAGUCAUGGAGCACUUGGUUGAAAUGAGGAACGGUUUGAAGCCAUGGCGUUAGACAAAAACCACUGCAACAGCGUCAUGUCCAAUGGUGCACAGUUACUCUCUUAAACACUUGGCUGUUGUGGACCUUCAUAAGCAUAUCCACCUGGUGUACUUUCCUCUAACUUUAUAACCUACUGAAUGAUUUGUAUUGUUGUCUUUAGCAUCUUGAUUAAAACGUUUGCCUUUUGGACAGUAUUCCUGGGAAUCUUGCUGUGUGACUGCUAUUUCUCAGCAUUUUGGUUCUUAAGUGAAGGAUCCUCUUGUGCUUGUAGUGAAACUGUGAACAAUGUAUUCCUGUGCUCUUGUUGUUCAAGUUAAAUCUAUGCACAAAUGGUUAAUAGUUUUGUUACUGAAGAAUGUAACUCUCUGUACUUACCAAAAUCAUGGCUUACUGUAAAUGUUUUAAUAUUUUUCCGCUUUAUUUAGUGAGUUAGUAUAUUUUUAUUACAACACAGUGCAUAUGCGGUUGCAGAGCUGCAGCCUCUCAUUCCAGCAGUAGUGGCUGCAGAUUUAAACAGUCCUCUCAAGCUGUUUUCAUGUUGAGUAAUGACUCCAGUAUACUUUUGCUGAAUGUAAUGUGCUUGUUUUUUUUUCUUAUGUAUCGUAUGGCCAAAGAUUAGCACGUCUUGUAGCAUGAUUGUGUUGGCCAUAAGUCAAUGUGCAGCGUACAUACAGUCCAGUAAAUCAGCUCAGUUUAUCUAUAAAAUGGUGGCUGUAAUCAUAGGACGGAUAGCCUCUGCUACACCGCGUGUGAAUCAGUGAAUUUAGAAUGGCUUGUGUGUUUGUCUGCAUGCAAGAUUUAACAAGGUCUGAAGCGCCUCGUAGACUGUAGAUGGACUGUGUUAGUGGGAAUGACUGUGAUGCAGGAAGUGUGUGUGUGUGUGUGUGUGUGUGAGACACAAUAGCCAAGUUAUGAAGCCUCUAAUGUUGUAGUUUAGCUGCUAAACACAUGAAAGUGCCUUAUAUUCAGUCCACUAAUGGAGUUGUCAAAUAAUGUACAGUAAAGAUUUAGUGGGGCUUUUGAAAGAAUUAUCAUAUCCAAUUCAGAUCAAAUGUCAUUACUUAUUUAUACUUAACUGCAACAAAUGACAAUAAAACACAAACUUUUUGUCUUUUAUUUUUUGUCUUUUUUUUUUUUCCUCUUUUGUACAAAUGUCAAGGAACACUUCUGUUAUCCUGUGCUUCUGGACUUUGCCACUGUAUUAUUGUUACCGUAACACUAUGUGCUGUAAAAUGUUCU